GACGUUUCGUUUUGACGUUUACAUAACCUCAAAAAUUUUCGUGUCAUAUGUUGCACAAUUUUUUUGAAAUAAAAUGGGAAAAACUAGUAAAGUAGUCGUUUGUGGGAUGAAAGGGGUUGGAAAAACGUCUAUUUUGGAACAAGUUAUUUACGGAAAUGUUUCUCCAUCAACGGAAUUUUAUCCUACAAUCGAAGAUAUUUACGUAGCUAACAUAGAAUCCGAUCGUGGAACACGUGAAAAAGUUCGAUUCUAUGAUACAGCUGGUAUACAAUACUCUCAAACAUCAACAGCUAACGGAACAACAAGCCACCAACUCCCCCGGCAUUACUUAUCUUUAGCCGAUGGAUACAUAUUGAUUUAUGAUACUGAUAAACCAGAGUCACUUGACGUUUUAGUUGGGUUAAAAAAAGAUAUUGAUAAAAACAAAGAUAAAAAAGAGGUUACCAUAAUAGUAGUGGGUAACAAAACUAAAGAAUGCGAAAACAAUUUUGAAUCAACAUUAAAUAAAGCAUCAAAUUGGUCGAAUCGAGAAAAAGUCAGACAUUUUACAGCUUCAGCUAUGCAAAGAGCGUCUCUUUACGAAGCUUUCAUUUAUAUUACAAGCAAAUUAAACCCACCACCAAGUAAAAGUAGCUUUUCUCAACUCUCUAUGGUUCGUAAAGCAAGUAGUGGAAAAGAUUCUGGAUAGUAUUUGGAUCAAAAUUGUUUUGACUUCAUUAAAGAAAAGAUUAAAAAUAUUAUAACAUGUUCGAGUACAUGUAAAAUUUAACUCGAAAAAGUAUUUAUUAAAAGCUUAUUUAAAAAGUAAAUAUAGGUUUAAUUAAUAAAUAUUAAAAGUAUCUUA